AUGCUUUCCAGGCUAGGCCGCAGGCACAUCACGCAGCGAACCAGAGCCGUUCGGUUCGGCCCCCUCGCCAGAGUUCCCGGAGGCGAACAAGGGAUCCCCAGCGCUCGUUCCGUUUUCGACUUUCCAAGCUGUUCAGAGUCCGACGGCUCGGAAGAGGACGCCGCUUGGGGCGGCUCAUGGUACGGACACUGGACCCGGGAAUUGGAACUAGAGCGGGCCCAACGAACCGGGCACGCAAAACCGGGUGGCUCGUCAUUCCGGUGCCCAGUCUGCGUGUCUGGCGCCGGAUCAUACCGCGGCUUCCCAAGCCUGGCGGCGCUGCUCCAGCAUGCGAACGACGUGACACGAGUCGAAGCGCGAAAGAAGGCACAUGAGGGCUACGCGCGCGCCAUUGCAGAGUCGCAAAAGACACUCAUUUCUGCGGACCGGGAAGAGACGGCAAGUAGAGAGUUCAGAGUGGAGAUCGCUGACCCAGGAAGCAUUGUCAAGCCGCCCAUCGUGGUCGCCCAAAGCUUGCGCCCCGGGCACAAUCGGGGGAGAGACCAUGAGCGGAGCAUUGGCUUGGAGAACGUGCUCGGGGAGUCUCUCCAGGCGAAGGGAUACCCGGUCAGGCGCGUGAAAGCUGUGUGGGAUCCAAGGGGCUACAGGCAAACCGCGCUGGUCUUCUUCGAUGAGAACGAGAGCGGGCUGCUGUCGGCGCAGCACCUCGCGGCGCGCCAAGAGCAGCGGGGCGCGGGGCGCGCCGCCUGGGAGCGCGCGUGCGCCGUGCGCGCGUGCGCGCUUGAGGCGAACGAGUGUGCGCGCGUGUUCUGCUAA